AUGAUAAAUUCUGGUGAGUUAGUUUUGGUUCCUGGAGGCAGACAAGAAAAUGAAGGCAGAGAACACAGAAUCGGGGGGGAAUGUGAAAGGUUUCUUAUCUGUGAAAAUUCUCCGGAAGUGCAUGCUAAUACAGCAGAGACACUUUGUGCUGUAGCAAGGUUCGCUCCACCUGGACUUGCUACUAAAAUAUCUAGCCCAAGUUUUAUGAGAAGAUUGUUCCGGCAUGCUUUGGAGGACUCACGACCGCAAUAUGUUCUUAUUAACUUAUUGUCAGUGUGCUUGUAUAUGUUAGACCCUACGAGGCUAAAUUCGAGAACAUAUGAGAAUUUCGGUGGACUUCAAAUUACUUAUGGGUCGGUAGAUACUGCUAAUUCCGAGACUGUUGUUGGCAUGCUGGAGAUCCUAGGUGAUUUGCUGAAGCUUUUGGAUGUUUCAACGGCGGACAAUGUGUUGCUAACUACAUAUGGCAAGUUACAGCCACCUCUUGGACAACAUCGUUUAAAGAUUGUAGAGUUCGUUGCAGUAUUACUGAGUGUGGGUGGUGAAACUGUUGAGAAGGAAUUGAUUCGUCUCGGAGCAAUUCAAAGAAUUUUAGACUUGUUUUUCAAGUACCCAUAUAACAACUUUGUCCAUCACCACAUAGAGAACAUAAUAGUAUCAUGUUUAGAAAGCAAGAAUGCUCCUCUUGUACAAUAUCUUCUUUGUGAGUGUGAUCUUGUCGGAAAAAUACUUACAGCAGAAAAUAAUUACACUUUAGGAGCUGAUCCAAAACGGCCGACAGUUCCUGAUGAGGGUAGAUCCCCACCCAGGUUAGGGAACAUUGGACAUUUAACGCGUAUAUCCAACAAAAUCAUUCAACUGGGAAACAACAAUAGCGAGAUUCAGGCAUAUUUGCAGGAAAAUAGAGAGUGGACCGAUUGGCAUACGAAUGUCCUAUCAAGGCGUAAUACUGUGGAGAAUGUCUUUCUAUGGGCUUGUGGGUAUGCUUUCCUCUCAAAAGUAGUUGGUUUGAACCUGAAAAGUAACUCAGCGAACCCGGCAGUACAGGAGGAGAUGUGUGAUAUGGAAGAUGAUUAUAGAGCAGUUAAGCUGAUACUUCCUACAAGCCCCUGUAGAAAAAAAAUGCGUUGCUCGCCUACAGAUAAUGUUAGCGAAGAUGUUAGAACAUCGGAACUGGAAGACCAGAAGAUAUAG